AUGUAUGGUAUUCGCCCGAAACCAAGAAAAGAAAGUCUACUUCACAGAAGAAUACAUUUAUGUAACAUACAUUUAACUGUUGGUAUUAUUAUUGGUGUUGUUCUUGCAUUAGUUACAAUUGGACUUCAAUGUGUUGCUUUUUUUACACCACAUUGGAAAGAAGUUUCUCCCAAUACUCAUUCAUUAUAUGUCGAUGGUGUUGAUGCUCUUAUUCGUACUGAUAUUUUAAUAUAUUUCAAUUCUGUUCAUCGUUUUACUCGUCAUUCUUAUGGUUUAUUUCAACGAUGUGAAUAUCUUUUAAAUAAUGCAUCAAAAUUUAUUAAUGAACCCAAUGAAAUUUUCCAUAUGAGUUUAAAUAAAUACCAUAAAACAUGUACAAAAAAUUUUUUACCAUCCUAUGAAGAUCAAAAUUUUAAUGAAUGUCAUAGUUUACAAUAUUAUCGAUUUUGUUCAAAAAAAGGUGAAAAAAAUUUUGAUAUUGGUAAUGAUUAUCUUCGUGCAACAUUUGAUAUCUCAUUAACUUCGCGUUUAAAUAUUGUAUCAGCAUCUUCAUGUGAUUGUCAUUAUCCACUAUAUAUUAAAGCAUGUCAUGUACUUGGAAUAAUUGCAUUGAUUAAUUUAUCUUUAACUGCUUUUCUUUACAGUUUAUUUCCAUUUCUUAAGACACGUUAUCAACGUUUACAAGUAAAAUGUUUUGGUGUAUUAUCAUCAUUAUUUUCUAUGAUAUUUAUUUUAACUAAUUUAUUAGUUGUAUUAAGUUAUUUACAAUAUGAAUCAACUGAAUAUUUAUUUGCUAUUGAAAGACAUUAUAAAUCAAGUCAAAUUUAUAAAUUAUCAGAAGAUACAAAAGUAGCUAUUAAUCGAUUUCUAUCAAGUAUUAACAUUGAAAUUGGUUAUUCAACUAUAAUUGCUUGGAUUGCUUUUAUUUUAUCAAUUGUUGAUGGAAUAUUAUUAAUGACGACAUGUAAAAUAACACGUGAUGAUGAAAAUAUAGAAGCUCUUUUUAGUGGUAUUUCUACGGAGUCACCACGGCAAAUUUCUACGAUUGAUAAUGAAGAACAUAAAAUAUCCACAACUCCACUUACAUCAUCACAAAAUACAACUAUUUCUCAACAUCCUCCUGAUUCUCCUUUUCUUCAACGUCGUUCUAUUUCUUCUUCAACUCAAUUGUCACCAACGACUGUAAUUGCUAGUACUAAUGAACAAUCGAAAGUACACUCAUCUUCUCCGUCUUCAUGUCUAAAACAAUAUCAUGCAACACGAAUCCACUUUGAAGACGAAGUGUGA